AUGGUGCUCGAGAGGCUGACGUUCGUGCUCGUCGCAUCUGCGUGGAAUACAGCCCGCCUGAAGGAGCGCGACGAGAUUAUCCGCGAGUCUUGGGUGCGGGCCAUGGAGGCCAAAAUCGUCCGCGACAACAUGACCAAGUGCUACCGCCUGGAGGGCGUAAACCAUUACGAGAAGUGCAGGGAUCUCGCCGAGCGAUAUGCGCAGAUGCUGAAGGAGAACAAGGUGAAGGGCUACAAGCACAUUGAUGUAGAAUAA